UAGUCAUACGUUUACAUCUGGCCUUCUUCUUUUGGGAGAUUUCUGAAAUUAUCCCUAAAAGAUUCUUCCAAAAUGAACAUGGUAAAGUUUGUCUUCCAAAAUGUCCUAUACGCAUGUUUAAUUUCCCAACCAGUCCACUCUCCUCCGUCAAGUCUUCUUUAAAGAAAAUGGCAUUCUUUUUCUUUCCAUUGAAUGAUUUCUCACUGAAGAUAUAAACAAGGGAAGCAGAUAAAAUUUCAGUACAAGCACAAAUGGCGCAUUCCGAUGGAUUGACUCUUGAAUCAAUCAGAAACAGUUUGAUUAGGCAAGAAGAUACAAUCAUUUUCAGCCUGAUUGAGAGAGCAAAAUAUCCCAUUAUUCCUCAGUUAUAUGAUAGCAGAUGCUCCGUUCUUCCUGGGAUCUCUGGAUCCUUGCUUGAGAACAUCGUUCGAGAAACAGAAGCCAUCCAGGCAAAGUAUGGUAGAUAUCAAUUCCCAGAAGAACAUGCUUUCUUCCCGGAUAACUUACCAGACUCUUUGGUUCCACCCAACAGCCAUCCACAGGUUUUACAUCCUGCAGCAGCUUCUAUUAACAUAAAUAAGACGAUAUGGGAUAUGUAUAUCAACAAAUUGCUUCCACUUAUUGCAUCUAAGGGAGAUUAUGAAAACCAUACAUGUGUUGCAGCCUCUGAUCUUGAGUGUUUGCAGGCACUCUCUAGAAGGAUUCACUAUGGAAAAUUUGUUGCUGAGGUAAAAUUCAAGGAUGCUUCUGAAGAAUAUUCACCUGCAAUUCAAGCCAAGGAUAGAGAUGCUCUGAUGAAGCUUUUGACAUUUGAAAGUGUCGAGGAGAUGGUGAAGAAGAGGGUGGAGAAGAAAGCAAAGGUGUUUGGGCAAGAAGUGAACCUCACCAACGAUGCUGGCAAUGGAAAGUGCAAGAUCGAUCCAUCUGUUCUUCCUUGCCUAUAUGGAGAAUGGGUCAUGCCUCUGACCAAACAUGUUGAAGUGGAAUAUCUUCUGCGUCGUCUAGACUGAAACCUUUUGAGACUUCCAUGAUCCUUUUCAGUUACAUGAUCUAUUAUGUGAGAAGGAUUCACGGGGUUAAGAUCAAAUCAUGAGUAUGUGAUUACUUCCGCUGAUGUAUAAUGCAAAUUGAAGCUAGUUUUUCAUGACUAGCAUGCUGAAAUCCUUGCUUUUUCUUUUUUCCAGUUACUAUUAUAUGGUACUUAUUACAACAUAGUUUGCCUGGCAGAUAAAAUACAGAUGACAAUUUGCUAAGCACAAAGGAGUACUGAUUGCUUGAAUUCUU